CGUGACCGUUGCCCCUGACGACAGCCUUCAGGAGCUCUGGGCGUCUCUUGCAAACCAACGCAGCCAAGAUGAGCGUCGCAGAUUUGACGUGUAGCUCAGCUGCGAAGCCGCAUUGGGAUAUUCUUCUGGUAAACAUUAACUCAUUCUUCUCCUUCCCCGAUCCUCCGUAAGAUGUCUGUUAGGGUCGUAGCCCGGAUACGACCGCUUCUCAAGCACGAGCUCGACAAAGACACCAUUGUCACGACCGAAGCCCCCGACGAUAAGAGUGCCACACCGACUGUUGUUCGGAUUCCAAACCCUAAGAAUGAAUCGGAAUCCUUCAGCUUCCAGUUCAAUGCUGUGUACGGACAGGAUGCGACUCAACAGCAGAUCUUCGACAGCGAGGUAUCUUCUACCGUAAAGCAUUUGUUCAACGGCUUCGACACGUGCGUGUUUGCGUACGGCGUAACGGGUACCGGCAAGACACAUACAAUGCGUGGUGGGAAGUCGUUAGCAGAUCGAGGCGUAAUACCACGGUUGCUGAGCAGCAUAUACCGACGAUGCCGGAAAGUGGAAAAGGAUAGCGGAGGAGCAACUCAGGUUGAGGUGUCGAUGAGUUAUUACGAGAUCUACUGCGACCGGGUAUAUGAUCUGUUCGAACCCCCUGAGAAGCGCACUCCAUCUGGCCUGCCUAUACGCGAUAAUGGUGGAAAGACAGUGGUUGUGGGCUUAACGGAGAAGCCAUGCUCGACUCUUAAGGAAUUCGAACAUCUGUACGACCAGGCGAAUAUUAAUAGGUCCACGUCGGCUACAAAGCUGAACGCCCACUCGUCACGUUCUCACGCCAUAUUAUGCGUGAAAAUAACACAAACUACCGAAGAUACCGUCCGAGUGAGCCGCGCAUCUGCCAUCGACCUGGCCGGGUCGGAAGACAACCGGAGGACGGACAACAACAAGGAGAGGCUCGUAGAAAGCUCGGCCAUCAACAAGUCUCUUUUCGUCCUCGCCCAAUGCGUAGAAGCAAUCAGCAAGAAACAGAGUCGCAUACCGUAUCGAGAGUCGAAAAUGACCAGAAUCCUCUCGCUCGGCCAGAACAACGGGUUGACUCUAAUGAUCCUCAACCUGGCCCCGGUACGGUCCUAUCAUCUUGACACGCUGUCGUCUCUAAACUUUGCGAAUCGCACGAAGAAGAUCGAGGUGGCGGAAGUCGAGAAUGAGCCAAUGUACAGGCAUAUUGUCAAGCCGCUUGCCGCCGCAGCAAGUAUAGGGGGAGCGACUAUCACUAGACAGCCGUUGCGGCCGCUAGCGGGGGCACACAAUGCCAACCUGCAGGACCGUGACGCGGAGAAGAAGAAAUCAGGGGCUAAGCCUGUUAAGGCAUUCUCUGUAUAUUCUGACCACAAGUCUACCUCGCGCGUCUCUAACCUUCCCUCGCAGAAUCAAGGCAUCCGCAGAACAGAUAUUCCUCACAAGCGCGCCGCCGACUCUGGAACAUCGCUCUCGAGGCCUGCCAAGGCUGCUCGUUCAGAUGCCUCCCGUUUUGAACCUGCAUUGACGAAGGCAUCGAUUGAAGCCCUGAUCUCGCAGCGAAUUGAUGAGAAGUUGGCGGAGAGGGCACUGCAGGACGCUUCUGCGGCGGCUCCUGCAUUAUCUGCAGAGCUUCAGCGACGGCUCGACGACCUCGAGAACCGGAUAGAAGCAAAAGAGGAAGACGGUAAAGCCCAGGGUCUGCAAUUCCUUCUCAUGGCGAAGCAGCACCAGGUGCGCGGCGAAGAUAUCAGUGCACUCCGGAUGUAUCAGUUGGCUCUCCCCUACUUCCCCGGGAACGAGAAACUGAAAACCAAGAUGAGGAACCUGGAGGAUAGGAUACGUGCUAAGAAACAGGCCGAAACGGAUAACCAUACCUCGACCUUGGCGCCAGGUCUAUCACAGAGGCAACCAUCCAGUCUCAUGGCACCUCUAAAGGCUGAGAAGGGAUCCUCAAUGGCCAAGGCUUCUAUCAAGGGAGAGGCGGAGGACGAAGAGUUUGCACCGGCAGGAGACUCAGAGGGAGAUGAGUCGUACGCUUCAAACGCAAGUUUUCGAUAUAGGGCCAAGGGCACACGCAAGUCAAAGAAGGCGAUGAAGAAGGUGCCGAUAUUCCGGGACGAGCCUGUGCAGAGGGGCGAUCACACGCCUCGAACUGCUCACCUCCUCAAGAUCAUCAACUCGCGGGACGUGUCUCAAAUCAAGGCUCUCAAGGGAGUGGGUGCGAAGAAAGCCGACGCCAUUGUCAGCUGCCUGGUGGAGAUGGAAGACGAGGAGGUGCGGGAUCUGGAGGGUCUAGCGAUGUUGAAAGGUGUAGGAGGGCGGACGGUGGAGAACAUGCGGCUGGGGUUGAGCAUUGAUGUUGGGUUUUAGACGUUCUGUGGCGGGCAUUGGUUGGUCGCACUGGUUGCAUAAUUGGUUUUGGUUGGGUGUGUACCUUGCAUGGCGCGGCGUUUGGGAGUUCCAUCACCCAACCGGCGAAGUGGUUUGGUUGUAAAGGGGGGUUAGUAAGCAUGAAUGGCAU